AUGGACCUGGGUUUUGAAGGGUUUGAAGCACAUCUACCUGGUUUUUGCCAGAGCAAUGCCUGGCCUUCCCUGCUUUUGAACGUUUUGAACCUCGAUCCAACGCUUGCUGGCUUCAUUUUCCAAGACCACGUGUGGAUUGGGAAGGUCCUUGAGGUGAGGGUUACCGACCUUGGAAAGCCCUCGUCUUUGUUUCAGGGUCUUGACCAGUUUCAACUUCUUUUGAAUUAUAUACGUCAGGUAACCGCUUCAACUAAAAGUUCAACUAAAAUAUUCCCCCGUGCCAGCUUUGUCUCAGUGGUGGCGUAA